GCCAUGUGAUUUGGGCUGGUGAUGGAAAGUUUUCAAUUCAAUAUAUUUCUCCGCUACUCUCUUCGUCCCAAAACCCUUCUCUCUCUUUGGUUUCACGCCCUCCAGAGUCCCACUCUCCCGCCUCCACUUUCUUCAAAGGCGAAAUGAGUUCAGUAGCUGCCAGAAUUGUCAAGCAUUUAAGAGUAGCACCUCCUACCAGAGCUACACCUUCACUCGUAGGCGGGCAAACCAGUUUGAAAUUGUGGCACUCAACGUUGUCCUUCAGUGAUGGUGUGGACGAAGGAGAGAACAAUGCGGACGUAGAGGAUGAUAAUCUUAUGCCUGAGAAGCCGGACUUGGAACCACAAGGUGUGGAUCCGCGCAGAGGUUGGGGUUUCAGAGGUGUACAUAAGGCAAUUAUUUGUGGCAAAAUUGGACAGUCGCCUUUGCAGAAAAUCUUGAGAAAUGGAAAGACUGUGACCAUAUUUACAGUCGGAACUGGGGGAAUGUUUGAUCAGAGGAUUGUAGGAUCAGAGAAUUUGCCCAGACCAGCACAGUGGCAUCGGGUUGCUGUGCAUGAUGAACAACUCGGAGCUUAUGCAGUUCAACAACUUGUGAAGAACUCUUCAGUUUUUGUUGAGGGUGACAUCGAAACAAGAGUCUACAAUGACAGUAUCAAUGGUCAAGUAAAAAAUAUUCCUGAGAUUUGUGUAAGGCGUGAUGGUAUGCUACCUACUAUUGUGUCCUUUUAUUCUUUGCAAUUUAUGUAAAAGUAUAACUAAUCAUGUCAUCAUCUUGUAUUUAGUUGAUUUAGAGCAUUCUGACUUCUACCUUAGAAAUUCCUUGUGUGGGCACUCAUUGGAAUUACCUUAAGAUAUAUGGUUUCCUAUCUUACUAAUCAAGCAUGUCUCAAGAAUCCAUAUUUCUACAUUACCAAGAUGAACAGUUGUAUUCAUCACGCCCCAACUGAAAAAAUUCUUAUCACGCAGUCAAAGUUCUAAUCUUCUACAUUAAUAGCUGCAUCUUGUUCAUUAUGAAAGGAACAGUUACUUUAUUUAUAAUAUCUUUAUGAAUAUGUCGCAGGCACUCAUACUUAAUUUUCCUGGCAAUUGUCUUGUCAUUUCUCCGUCAUCUGUACUGUUUCAUAACCUCCCUCUUCAUGUGACUGAAUCCUUGUUGCAAUGUUGCUAUUGUUUUCCUGUAUUCUCUCAAAUCCCAUCUUCUUUAUGUAAGGGAAGUUCAUUGUGGAUUAUGUCCAAAAACCAGGUUCACUAUAGUUGGAGCAAAUUGUGCUUCUGCAAAGCAACUAUCUCAAUAGGUGGGAUCUCUUAAACAGCUAACCAAUCUGCUAUUUUUGAAUUGUAUGAGAGUUACCUAAUGCGCUUCCUUUUUCACAGUAUUUGUCUUGCAAACCUUGCAAGCAUAAGACAAUUGUGUAAUUUACUAGCUUUGACAUGAUGUUGAUGGCUCUUUGCAAAGGGGCCAUGACCGCUGGGCUCUGGAUAUUCAUUCUUGCAUGCAUCUUGGUCUGAAGUAAAUUAUACAUAUCAUUUCAUAUUUGAUUUUGAAAACAGAAAAGGAUUUUCUGGUUGACACCUCUGGAUGUAUAAAUCAAUUUGCAUCCUGACUUCUUUUGCCAGUGAUCAUAAAGAACACAUUGGUUGUAUAGAUGGGCCAAUUAUAUAAGAUUCACCUACAUCCUCUUCCAUACCCAGGCCCCCUAUUUCCCCCUAUUUCCCCCUUCCCUGACUUCUCAAUCAUUCUCCAUCCCUGAUCCAAUUCUCAUGGAUUUUAGAGGGGAGUUGAAUAAUUUCCAUAUUUCUUCAACUUCUCACCCAAACCUCAUCUCUCACCAAACUUUUCCAACAAGAUGAUUUGUAUUGAUUAGUGUUUUUGUCUUCUUUUUCCCCAACUUCGCACCAAAACCUCAUCUCUCCAGCUACCCCUAUGUUGUCCGAGAGUUCAAUGGCUUCCAGGCUCCUUGUGGCAUAGGUAGUUUAUCUCGCAGAGCCUGAUAACAGAGAUUCAUGUGUUCUGCAACCAAUACCUAACCUCACUUGGUAGUGACCAGCCAACGCAUCCGGUCUAUAACCUAUACCAUUCAACAACAACAUAGCCUUAUGCCAACUAAAUGGGGCGGCCAUAUGAAUCCUUGCACUCCAAUCAGCUCUAUUCGAAGUCAUACAUGAUACGAGUCCUAAGCUAAGCAUGUCUUUCCUCACGACUUCUCCUAUGGUUAUUUUAGGCUUGCCUUUGGCUCUUUUGGUUCCCUCAAUCUGAAUCAAGUCACUCCAUUCUUUGAUGGAAAACCCACUCACGAGGGAUCACUCCAACAUAUACCAGCUAAAACCUACACCGUUUCUUUGAUGGAAAACCUCUUGUUCAUCAUCUCUGAUUUACAAGAUGGUUUGCAUGUAAUGGAGGAAGACAGGCUUUGAGUUAUUGCUCUCUCAUUCACCUUUGGGAUUGAGGAUGGUGGAAGGGUUCUAACUUCUAAGUCAUCUCAUUUGAGUUUGGGGUUAGGAAUACGGAUAGCAAAGCAAAGGAGGGGAUUUUUCUUUUAUGUCCUUCAACGCAAAACCGAAAAAAAACAAUCUGAAUGGGAUUUAUUAUUAUUAUUAUUA